AUGCAUGAAUCAAAGUGUGUCACAGUGCCUCUAGCUGUUCAUCUUCAACUCUCAGAUAACCAGAAGCCGAAGAAUGAUGCAGAGAGACACCAAAUGGAGAAAAUACCUUACUCAAAUCUGGUGGGAAGCUUGAUGUACACAAUGGUAUAUGGUGGAUCCUGGAAGAGAGCAUUGAGAAGCUCUCAAGAAGGUGCUGAGGUAUCUAAAAGGCAGUGCAGACAGAGCUAUAUUGUUCCAGAGGAAGGAAGAUAUCAGAGAUCUCAGUCUGGUUACAUCUUCACACUAUUCGGUUCAGCUGUUAGUUGGAAGUCCUCACUACAGUCUGUAGUUGCAUUAUCAACCACUGAAGCAGAGUACAUGGCUGCAACUGAAGCUGUCAAGGAAGCCGUGUGGCUCAAAGGUUUAGUGCAUGAUUUUGGCAUUGAGGAAAGCUCUCUCAUAAUCAAGUUUGUAUACUCUGAUGAAGAGUGGUUUACUCUGGCGGAGUUAUCAGAGUCAGAGCUAACUCCAGAGCCAGAGUCAGAGUUGAUUCACAGAGUACACAUUCCAGAGUCAACUCACAGAGUUAACACUCCAGAGUCAGAGUUCAGAUCCAGAGCUGUAUAG